AUGACGCUGGAUUUAUUCGUCAAACUGUACGGAUUGCUGAACCUGCGAUCAGAUAUCAAAGCGGUUGCUGAGAAAAGCGCCACCAUCUACAAGAACUCCACAGCAGGACAGUCGCAGAAGAAAAUGCAGGUGUACAUGGAGACCUUUGAGUUUGUGCAGUUUCUGAAGUCGGUGCAGUGUGUGCCAGACGCCACGCUGGCUAUGGCACGCAGCAUUAUCAACAAGUACGAGGACGACGUCCGCAACCUGGAACUGGGCCGGCUCAGUGUGUCUGGCCUGACGCUGUACCUACAAGCACCCGAGAACUGGCUGGUCAACGACAACCAGGACACGGUGCACCAGAACAUGAACCAGCCACUGGCAGCAUACUGGCACAACACGUCACACAACACAUACGUCAGCAACCACCAGCUCAAGGGCUUGUCAACGGUGGACAUGUAUGAGAAGGUGCUGCUGACGGGUUGUCGCUGCAUUGAAUUGGACUGUUGGGAUGGCGACAGCGGCGAACCAAUCAUACACCACGGAUACACACUGAUCUCAAAAAUCUCGUUUGAAGACGUUGUGGUGUGCAUUCGCGAGUACGCGUUUCUGGCGUCACCUUAUCCGUUGGUGCUGUCCAUUGAGAACCACUGCUGCAUAGCACAGCAACGGCGCAUGGCUGAAAUCAUGCGCAACAUCUUCGGAGACUAUCUCAUGACAGACUAUCUCCCCACAGUGCAG